AUGAAGGCAUACUGGUACGAUAACCAACCAGGUGACCAACGGCUCCCCCACGACUCCGGCCGUGCCGUUGACCCUGCAUACCUCGCCACUGUAGGCGUACUCUACCGGCACUUCCCCACCGUAGAUGACGUAGACGCCCUGGCCAAGGAACGCGGCUACAAGAACCGUGAUGAGAUCGUCGUUUCCCCCGAGAAAAUGGGUGCGGUGUACGAGGAGAAAGUGAAGAUGUUUUUCCACGAGCAUCUGCAUGAGGAUGAGGAGAUUCGGUAUAUACUUGAUGGGGAGGGAUUUUUUGAUGUGCGGAGCAAGGAUGAUGAGUGGGUACGUAUUCGGCUAGGGAAGGGGGAUUUGAUCAUUCUGCCGGCGGGGAUUUAUCAUCGAUUUACAACAGAUGAGAAUAAUUACGUCAAAGCCAUGCGUCUCUUCCAAGACGAACCUAAAUGGACUCCUCUAAACCGUGAUCCGGAACUCGAAACAAAUAAACAUCGCAAAUCAUACGUCGAGACCCUCAUUUCCCGUCAACCAGUUGCAACCUGA